CGCAAUCUUCCCUAUCAACCGGGAGAAGCUCUCAUACUCUGGUCUUUAGCUCUCUCUUCAGGCCGCGAUGGGGAGGAUAACGGUUUGGCUCCGUGUUUGGAGCUUCGCGAUUGUGUGCGUUCUGGGCUCUCGGUUCUCCAGAGGCAGCGGCAGUGAGCACAUCCAGACGAUCUGCAGCACCUGGGGCAACGGGCACUACAAGACUUUCGAUGGGGACGUGUACCAGUUCCCGGGGACGUGCGAGUACAACCUGGCCUCUGACUGCCAUGACUUCUACCUGGAGUUCUCCGUGCACAUCCAGCGGGCGGAGCGCGGGGACCGCCUGGUCAUCAGCCAGGUGGUCGUCACCAUCAAGAAUAUCAUCGUCGUCCUCCGCGGCAAGCUGGUGUCUGUCAAUGGAGACAUUGUGAAAACGCCAUACUACGGCUCAGGGGUACUGCUGGAGAAGAAUGAGGUUUACACGAAGCUGUAUGCUAAACUGGGACUCACUGUCAUGUGGAACGGAGAAGAUGCCAUCAUGCUGGAGCUGGACUCCAAGUACAGGAACCGCACCUGUGGGCUGUGUGGGGAUUACAAUGGGAUCAGCAUGUAUAAUGAGUUCAUCUAUGAGGGUGAAUUGAUGAGCCCUGUUGCAUUUGGGAACCUGCAGAAGAUUCAUAAACCCAGUGAAGAGUGUGAGGACCCCUAUGAGGAGUCAGCACCUUCCUGCUCUCAGUAUCGCACACCCUGUGAACAGCUGCUGAAGUCGCGAGUCUGGGCCGACUGCAAGAGCUUUGUGGACCCUAAACCCUACCUGCAGGCCUGCAUUCAGGACAUGUGCAGCUGUAACUCUACCCUGGGUGACUUCUGUGUGUGCAGCACCCUCUCCGAAUUCUCCCGGCAGUGCUCCCAUGCUGGUGGCACUCCCCAGAACUGGAGGACUGAGAAAUUCUGCGCCAAGCAGUGUCCCUUCAACAUGGUGUACUUGGAGAGCGGCUCCCCCUGUAUGAACACCUGCUCCCACACUGACACCAGCACACUGUGUGAGGAGCAUCGCAUGGACGGCUGCUUCUGCCCCGCAGGGACGGUGUUUGACGAUGUUUCUCAGACCGGGUGCAUUCCAGUGGAGCAGUGCCAGUGCAACAUGCAUGGCACACACUACCAGCCUGGGGAGACAGUCCAGCAGGAGUGCGAGGAAUGUGUGUGUGAGUCGGGGAAGUGGCCCUGUAAGAGCCGGUCCUGUCCUGGGAGCUGUGCUGUGGAGGGGGGAGCUCACAUCUCCACCUUUGAUGGCAAGACCUACACCUUCCAUGGAAACUGCUACUAUGUCCUGUCCAAGGACUGUGAUGGAGCCAGGUUCUGCAUCCUGGGAGAACUGGUUCCCUGUGGCUCCAAGGACCUGGACACUUGUCUGAAGACCGUAGUGGUGCUGCUGGACCAUGACAAGAACAAUGCCUUGGUGUUUAAAGCUGAUGGGAAAGUGCUCCACAACUCGGCUGAGAUCAGUCUCCCAUACAACAUGGGCACCUGCCCUGACGGUCUGUACCAGGAUGAGGGUGGCAUCUGUGUGCCCAUGGACAGCUGCCCCUGCUUCCACAAUGGAGACCGAAUCCAGCCGGGGAAAUCCAUCACAAUUGAGGAUGAGCACUGCACCUGCACUAAUGGAACAUUAGAUUGCCAGCUAACGGAAAGAUCCAUAAGCUGCCCGUCCCAUAAGAUUCCAUUCAGCUGUUCCACAGCCAUGGCAGGCUCUCCAGGCCUGGAGUGUGAGCAGACCUGCAGAAACCCUGCUGCUGAAUGUUACACCGUUGGGUGCGUGUCGGGGUGCAAGUGUCCCGAUGGGCUUUAUGACGACGGGAUGGAGAACUGUGUCAAUGAACAUCAGUGCCCCUGUUUCCAUAAUGGAGAGGUCUUUCCUCCUGGGGUGACAGUGAGGGACAAGUGCAACACCUGCACCUGCAAGGCGGGGCAGUGGCAGUGCACGAAGGAGAAAUGCCCGGGCACCUGCACCAUCUAUGGCAGCGGGCACUACAUCACCUUCGACGAGCAGAGGUUUGGCUUUGAUGGAGACUGUGGAUAUGUGGCAGCUCAGGAUUUCUGUGGAGAUGAAUCUACAGACGGCACCUUCAGUGUGAUCACUGAAAACAUUCCCUGUGGAACAACAGGCACAACCUGCUCCAAAUCGGUGCGGAUUUAUAUGGGGAGAACUGAGCUGAAGCUGUCUGAUGGGAAGUAUGAAGUAACUAAACUAGACUGGGGAGAACAGGUGACGUACAGAGUGCAGACUGUUGGCAUGUACCUCGUUAUCGAAACCAGCAUUGGGCUGGAGGUGCUCUGGGACCGGAAGACAGCCCUCUACAUCAUCCUGGAUCCAUCAUACGCAGGGCAGGUGUGCGGCCUGUGUGGGAACUUCGAUCACAACGGGAAGAACGACUUCACCACCAAGGGCCAGCUGGUGGUGGCCAGCCCCCUGGAGUUUGGGAACAGCUGGAAGGUGUCCAGCAGCUGUCCCGACGCAGCGCUCCAUGACCCCUGCUCUAUGAAUCCCUUCCGCCAUGGCUGGGCUAAGCUGAAGUGCAGCAUCAUUAGGGGAGAGACCUUCCAAAACUGUCAUUACAUGGUGGACCCCACUCCGUACUAUGAUGCCUGUGUGACAGACUCCUGUGCCUGUGACGGUGUAGGAGACUGUGAGUGCUUCUGCACAGCUGUGGCUGCCUAUGCCGAGGCCUGUAACAAAGCUGGGGUUUGUGUGGCCUGGAGAACACCUGAGAUCUGCCCUGUAUUUUGUGACUUCUAUAAUACUCCUGAAGAGAACUGUACAUGGCACUACAGUCCCUGCCACCCUCUAUGCUAUAAAACCUGUCGGAACCCAGAGGAGAACUGUAGCAGCUCCUUCCUGAAGCUGGAGGGUUGCUAUCCCACAUGCCCUUCAGACAAGCCUUUUUUUGAUGAAGACCGCGGAGCCUGUGUGGAGAAAUGCACAUGUUCUGUUGAUGGGACUCCCUAUCUUCCUGGCCAGGAAGUUCCCAGUGACCAGUGUACCACAUGUCACUGUACAGAGCUGGGAACUGUUGAGUGUACAAAGCACCCUGACUGCUGCGAGUACAAUGGAGUGGUGUAUUCUGAUGGUCAUGUGAUUUCCAGUUUCCCAGACCACUUGGGCAUGUGCUCUUAUGUGACUUGUAAGAAUGGAACAGUUAUAAAAUCUGAGCAACUCUGUGCAUCAACUACUCCUCCAACGACAAUGUGUGAACCCAGAUGUGAAUGGACAGAGUGGUUUGAUGUUGACUUCCCGGGAUUUGGCCCUGGAGAAGGUGAAAGGGAAACCUAUGAAGAAAUCCGUCGCCGUGGUUAUGAAGUCUGCAGUGAUCCCAUUGCCAUUGAAUGCAGAGCUGUGGAGGCACUAGAAAGGAGCCUAAACCAAACUGUGCACUGCGAGCUCUCGCAUGGGCUGAUCUGCAGGAAUGACGAACAGAGGGGGGUGCUGCUCUUCUGCCUCAACUAUGAGAUCAGAGUUUACUGUUGCCGCCAUGGCAGCUGUACCACUACUCCUCCCACGACUCUUCUGACCACAACCAGUUCUCUCCCAGCUUGCAAGCCCAUCUGUAAGUGGACAGAGUGGUUUGAUGUCAGCUAUCCAAAGAUGGGACCUGAUGGUGGUGACUGGGAGACCUUUGAGAAUAUUAAAAGCCAUGGUGGUGACAUCUGUGAUCACCCAGAGGACAUCCGGUGCAGGGCUGUGUCCUACCCCGAGUACACCCUGGAAGAUCUUGGACAGAGGGUUCAGUGCAAUGUGUCAUUUGGGCUGAUCUGCAAGAACAGAGAUAAUAUGAAUGCCCUUCCUCCCAAGUGCUACAACUAUGAGAUUCAAGUGUCAUGUUGCAGUUUGAACUGCCAAUCUAUAACCCCUGCAGCAUCAACUCCCCACACCACCAUUGCUGAGUCAACUACUUUUAAAAUUGUUACUGGUCCUAAACCUACAUCGGGAGCAUUGGUGAUCCGAACAUCUCCAUCUCCAAAUGCCACCACCCAAAUGACCACCCCCACAGCCCAUACCACUGUGCCAACAAGCCAUUCCCCAUCCACAGUGGGUACCUCUACCACUGCAGGCUUUCCAACCAGUACCCCUUCAACUGGGGGCCCCAUCUCGGAGGGUUCCUCCACAUCAGUGAAAAAUCCCACCACCACUGUUGGUCUUCCUACAACGAGCACGACACCUGAAUGUUUCUGCGUUGUGAAUGGCACUACCUUUAAUCCAGGGGAUGUGAUCACUGAUGUUAACAGUGUGGCUGGCUCAUGCCUCUAUGAUGUGUGUUCUGAUGUUUGCAAGAUUGAAAGGCACUCAAGACCAUGUACAACAACCCCCACCCCUAGUCCCACAUGGACUACUCCCAGAAUCCCGGAAUGCCCAGGAUGGAAUAAAAAACAAAACGAAGUCUUUGAAAUCCACAACUGCACAAUGGCUAGAUGCAUUGAGAAUAACACAAUUGAGAUAAUCCCCUACGAAUGCCCACCUCUUCAGAACCUCACCUGCACUAAUGGAAGACCCCCAGUCUUGGUGUGGGAUGACAAAUGCUGCCAGCAUUUUGAGUGUGAAUGCUACUGUAUUGGCUUUGGAGACCCCCAUUAUGUCACCUUCGAUGGGCUCUACUACAGCUUCCAGGGGAACUGCACUUAUGUGUUGGUGGAAGAGAUCAAACCUGUGUAUCCUAAAUUUGGGAUUUACAUUGAUAAUGUGCACUGUGAUCCCCGAGAGGAAGUGUCCUGUCCUCGCUCCAUCAUUGUCUCUUUUGGUGGAGUGGAGAUUGCCCUGAAGGAUAAAGGGGAUACUGUGACAGUGAACCUGGAGGUGCUGGUGGAUGGCCAAUUGGCUCAACUCCCUUUCAAAGGGGAGAAGAUGAGUGUUGUCAGCUCUGGCCUUAACCUGGUGCUGGAGAUCCCAGAUAUAGGUGCUAUGGUGACUUUCAGUGGAAUUGCCUUCAGUGUCAAGCUGCCUUACUUCAGGUUUGGCAAUAACACGCAGGGACAAUGUGGAACCUGCACUAAUAACCAGACAGAUGACUGCAUGCUUCCUGGAGGCCGGCUGGUCAAGGACUGUGCUGUGAUGGGAGAAUACUGGCUACACAAAGAUGAGCACAAGCCCCACUGCCCCUCACCACCUCUAGUGACCCCCAAACCACCCUCUGGACCCUGCAAACCACAUUCUGUCUGUGACCUCCUCAAGAGCAAGGUGUUUGCAGCGUGCCAUAAACUGGUCCCUCCAGAGCCUCUGUACCGGGGUUGUGUGUUUGACAGCUGCCACAUGGAGAACAGCUCCAUUGAGUGCACCAGCCUGCAGACCUACGCCUCCAUGUGUGCACAGCUGGGGGUCUGUGUGAGCUGGAGAGAUGAUGCAAAGGGGAAAUGCCCCCCUACCUGCCUUUCCAACAUGGUCUACAGGCCCUGUGGUCCUGCCAAGCAACCCACUUGUGAAGACCACUCAUCGGAAGGCCAUGAUAUCCUUCCGAUACAGACGGAAGGCUGCUUCUGUCCUGAAGGCUCAAUCUUGUACAACAAGCACACUCAAGUCUGUGUGGAGAAGUGUGGGUGCCUUGAUCCAGCUGGUGUACCUCGAGAGUUCGGGGAGGCAUUUGAGUACAACUGCCAGAACUGUAUCUGUGACAUCAACACAAAAGGAGUGAGGUGUGAGCCAAAGGAAUGUCUGGUGGAGCCCAAACCUGACUGCAGUGGGCCAGGCUUUGUCAUCACCAGUGAGACCAGCUCCACGGACCCCUGCUGCAAGGAGCUUGUCUGCAGGUGCAAUGCCAGCUUCUGUCCACCCAACAGCAUGCUUUGCCUAGUGGGGUUCCAGCCCGUUGUCCAAGUCCCUGAUGGAAAGUGCUGUCCUGAAUACAAAUGUGUGCCAAAGGAGGUUUGUGUGCACAACAACAUGGAAUACCAGCCGGGAUCCAGUGUUCCAGUGGAUAAAUGCCAGCUGUGCUCCUGCACCAAGGAUAUGGAUCUCUCAACCCAUCUCGGCACUAUCAGCUGUGUACCCGUGCCCUGUAACAGGACCUGUGAAGAGGGAUUCCAGUAUGUGGGAUAUAAUGGAGAUUGCUGUGGAAAGUGUGUGCAGACUCACUGCGUCAUUGAAGUGGACGGCACCAUCCACGUACUCGAGCCUGGAGAGCAAUGGUCCCCUCUUGGACACAAGUGUGAGGUGCACAGCUGUGCAAAGAUGAACAAUGCCUUCAUCUCCACUAAAGCCACCAUUCAGUGCCCUGCCUUCCACGAGAACAACUGUCAGCCGGGAACAAUUGUGACCGCUCCAGAUGGGUGCUGCAAGACGUGUGUGGAGACACAGAAGGCCUGUAAGGUGUCCACUUUGAAGACUCGCAUCACGGAUAAGGGCUGCCAGUCCCAUGAUCAGGUUGAGAUGACGCACUGUCAGGGUGCCUGUGGCACCUCCUCCAUGUACUCUGCUGAGGCAGCUAGCAUGAAGCACAAGUGUGCUUGUUGCCAGGAAGUGGAAACUCACGAGCAGACCAUCACCGUGAUCUGCCCUGAUGGGACCAGCCGGCCCUACACUUACAUCUAUGUGGAUAAGUGUGACUGCCGCACUACAAACUGUGAUCAGACCACUUCUGUCAUGGACUCCAGCAAACGGAGCUGGCAAUCUGCACUAAGUGAUGAAAAGGACUUCAAUGAAAUGCCAAAAAUUGUUCAUUAGUGCUCAACUUCGUGAAUGGAAAUACUGCAGCUUUUGGGUCAUUUUCCAUGGUUGAUUUAUUGACUUCAGAAGUUUUAAAUGGAUCUAGUUGUAUUAAGCCAAUAAAAUUGCUUCAAAACACCUUGAA